UAAAAAUGACAAUGAAUAUUAUUCUAUUUAUUGACUUCUAAGUAUAUAACAGUAGUGUUUUACCGGUAAUUUGAUUAAUUGGUUUUAAUAAGGAGGUGGUACGGCACGUAUUUUUCGCACAUAGAUAGUCGUGCAGGAAAAUAGAGGAAGAUUCAUAAACAAGUCUGGCGGUGACUUGCAGUAACAAUGAGUAAAUUUUUAUACUUAUUCGUUGCACUAGCCGCAACAUGUUCGGCAGAGUUUUUAAGGGUUCCUUUGUAUCGCAUGCAGACUGUCCGCAAGCAUUUCCAUGAAGUGGGUACUGAACUGCACAUGGCUCGCAUUAAAUAUGCAGCCACAGGACCUGCCCCUGAACCACUUUCUAACUACUUAGAUGCACAAUACUAUGGGCCAAUCUCGAUCGGCAAUCCGCCUCAGACAUUCAAGGUGGUAUUUGAUACGGGCUCCUCCAACCUGUGGGUGCCUUCCAAGAAAUGCCACUACACCAAUAUUGCUUGCUUGUUGCACAACAAGUACGACAGUAGCAAGUCCAAGUCCUAUCGUAAGAACGGCACAGACUUUGCCAUCCACUACGGCUCCGGCAGUCUCUCGGGCUUCCUCUCCACUGAUGAUGUAACCGUGGGUGGGCUGACGGUACGUGCGCAGACCUUCGCGGAGGCUAUGUCCGAGCCCGGCCUCGCCUUCGUAGCCGCUAAGUUCGACGGCAUCCUCGGCAUGGCCUUCGCCAGCAUCGCAGUCGACGGCGUGACGCCCGUCUUCGACAACAUGGUGGCGCAGGGACUCGUGCAGCCCAUCUUCUCCUUCUAUCUGAACAGGGACCCCAGCGCGGCGCAGGGCGGCGAGAUCAUCCUCGGGGGCUCCGACCCCGCGCACUACAGCGGAGACUUCACGCGCGUGCCGCUGUCGCGCGACACGUACUGGCAGUUCCGCAUGGACCGCGUGCUGCUGAACGGGACCGCGUUCUGCGCCGACGGCUGCGAGGCGAUCGCCGACACGGGCACGUCGCUGAUCGGCGGGCCGGUGGCGGAGAUGUCGGCGCUGAACCGCGCGCUGGGCGCCACGCCCGUGGCCUUCGGGCAGUUCGCCGUGGACUGCUCGCUCGUGCCGCGCCUGCCGCCCGUCGCCUUCUCCAUCGCCGGCCGCAGCUUCGAGCUGGACGGCGCCGACUACGUGCUGAAGGUGUCGCAGUUCGGUAAGACGAUCUGCCUGUCGGGCUUCAUGGGGCUGGACAUCCCGCCGCCCAACGGGCCGCUGUGGAUCCUCGGGGACGUGUUCAUCGGCAAGUACUACACCGAGUUCGACGCGAAGAACAAGCAGAUCGGCUUUGCGCCGGCCGUGUAGAUGCUGCGCGUCGCCAGCUCGCCGUUGGAAGUCUCCGGUGUGAGACGAUAUGUUAACGAUUAGACUUAUUAUUGUAUUUGUUAAAUAAAUGUUUUUUUUGUUAUUUAGGAUCGACAUUUGGUUAGGAUCGAUUGGAUAUACUUACUUAGGUUCAGCUAUACAGUGCAAUAUUAUUGUUAAUUGUAGGUCGAAGAUAGACUUGAUGUUUAUAAAAAAAAGGUAUAUAACUUUGUAUUCAGAUUGGAACUUUAAUUCUUCUAAUUCAUACAAAAAUCUUCUACAUGUAACGUUUAAAAGACACUAGCUCUCUGAGUCGAUACUAACUAUAAAUAAGUCAUAGUGUUACCCGAUGUCGUGUUGCACUUAUAUUUUCAAUACAUAUUUGCAAAAUCGA